AGCCCGAUCGUACCAGGCCUGUUAGUCUCCGAGUAGACACGCUCCAGGCGCAACCGGCCACUCGCCAUCCGUCGUUGCCGCUUUGUCGUCGUAACCGUGCGUGUAAGAGAAAAAGGUGAAGUGUGAAACGACAGCGCAUCAAAAGGCAUCGUCGCAAACGAGUGUCGCAAACAGUGUUUUCUGCAGCAAUUUGGAGCUGCCCGGUUUUGUGUUGCCGCUGGCCGCUCCGGUGUGACCAAACCAAAAAAAAAAAAAACCCAGCCAAGAAAAGUGAUUCUGAUAAAACAAGUCCGUUUGGACGUUGCCGACGUGCCGCGGGAGUGUGUGUGCGUGUGUGUGCGCAUUUUCGCGUGUCUGUUGCGGAGUCGCCGCCGCCGCGCAGUGAUUUUGUGUGUGAUUGUCCUUAAAAUUCGUCCCGCUGUGUCCCCAAUGUGUGCGCCUGUGAUCGUCGUGCGUGUGUCCCGGUGAUAGUGUGACCCUUUUCGGGGCGGCUGUUGUUUUUUGGAGCUUCCAGGCGGGCGUCAGGCAGAGCGCGUUGUGCCUCGGGAGAAAGAGUUUGUGUGUCCUGCCGAUACGUCGUGGCGAGCAUUUGGCGGUGAACCAGAAAACGGACGGACGCGGACGCCCGGCUUUCAGGGCAGGUUGGUGUUCGAGUUUCGAGGCCCCCUCACGGCAUUGGCAGCAUUGGCCGAUGUGUAGUUUAUUGAGCAAUUAACAGGAGAUAAACAUCGCCGUUCCAGGUCACAAAAUGAUGCGGCUUGGACUUUACCUUGCAGCGUCAUGGACGUUACUAUGUACCUACAGUGCCGCAAUGCCAGACAUACACCGGCAAAUGUCCUCUGCCCAGCUACAGGAAGUGUUCCACGUUGAUCACGUCGAUCUCGUCCCGCACUACGAGCUGGUGCAGCUGACGCACCACACAAACCGCCCGGUGCUGGCGAGCUCCCGGCGGAGACGAAGCAUCGAUUCCUCGCAGGUGGCCAAAGCGAACGGUUUAACGUCCGGCGGCAACCACCAUGUCAAGAAGGACCUCAGCAAGGUGCGCUUCACCGAGAAGGUAAGCGAGCUGGGCGUUAAACCAGCCGGCCAGCAGCGGAAACCCUUCCCGAAGCAGGAGGUUCCGCUCGAGGCGGGCCCUCUGGUGAGCAGUGGGCCUCCGAAGCAGCCGGUGGACGAUUCUACACCACUGGAGCCGAUGGAGCAGGGUGGCGUUAGCAUAGCGGACCUCAACGAGCACCGCGUGUCGUUCGAUGCGUUCGGCGAGAACGUGAACCUGACGCUGCGCAAAACGGAAGGCCUGCUGCGGGGCGGUGCCCACUCGCUGCGGAUGUGGAACGUCCGGUCGGAUCCGAACUCGACGCAGGGGCUGGUCUACGAGGAGAUUCACGAUGAGGACCCAGAACCAGCCGACUCUUUCGGCGACAUCUAUCAGGAUGAGGGAAACAUGGCGGCAGUGCUGAUGCGAAAGCAUCUGGAAAGUGGAGAUCUAAUGAUGGAGGGUAGUAUAGGUCAUGAACUAGUGAUAAAGCCAGUGCCAACCGACAUCUCCCAGGCGGAGGAUGGAAGUGUUCAUCACGUUAUUUAUAAGCGCAAAGCCCACGAGGAGCACAACGACCAGUUUAGUGAUUACGCAUUCAUGGAGCCGGACCGGCUGCAGAAACGGUUUCGAACCAAGCGGAGCCCGCAAGCGUACUACAAAAGCUCGCGCGCCAUCGAUCGGACCAUCUACCCGGAGAUACUGGUGAUCGUCGACUACGACGGGUACCGGCUGCACGGCGGCGACAACGUGCAGGUCAAGCGCUACUUUGUCUCCUUCUGGAACGGUGUCGACCUGCGGUACCGGCUGCUGAAGGGGCCGAAAAUUCGCAUCAGCAUCGCGGGCAUCAUUAUCUCACGGGGCCGUGACGCAACGCCCUACCUGGAGCGGAACCGCGUCGGACGGGAUGCGAUCGAUUCGGCGGCCGCCCUCACCGACAUGGGCAAGUACCUGUUCCGGGAACGGAGGCUCCCGGUGUACGAUAUUGCCGUUGCCAUCACGAAACUAGAUAUGUGUAGAAGGCAAUAUGCAAAUGACGCGUGUAAUCGCGGUACCGCAGGAUUCGCCUACGUCGGUGGAGCGUGCGUGGUAAACAAGCGCCUUGAAAAGGUCAACAGUGUUGCCAUCAUUGAGGAUACCGGCGGUUUCAGUGGCAUUAUCGUUGCCGCCCAUGAAGUUGGCCAUCUCCUGGGAGCGGUCCAUGAUGGGUCGCCACCACCGAGCUACCUUGGCGGACCGGGUGCGGAAAAGUGCCGCUGGGAGGACGGCUACAUCAUGUCCGAUCUGCGGCACACUGAGCGAGGCUUCCGCUGGUCACCGUGCAGUGUGCAAAGUUUCCACCAUUUCCUCAAUGGUGACACGGCCAGCUGCCUGCAUAAUCCACCGCACGAGGACGAGGCGCUUGGACGAGCGCUCCCCGGUACGCUGCUGUCCCUGGACGCCCAGUGCCGGCGGGAUCGGGGCACGUCCGCCUGCUUCAAGGAUGAGCGCGUCUGCGCCCAGCUGUUCUGCUUCGAUUCGGCCAGCGGCUACUGCGUCGCGUACCGGCCCGCCGCCGAAGGAUCUUCCUGCGGAGAUGGACAACACUGUCUCGAUGGUAGAUGUGUGGCGGAGCAUGAAAACAUUAUACCGGACUAUUCGCAACACACUCCAUCGUACACGCGCUACAAUCAGCAGUCUGUGAAAUAUAACUACGACGACAAGUCAGAUCAGCAGGAAGAAUAUUAUGAACCGUCUAGCACGCCAACGACAUCAACGACAACCAGCACCACCACCACCACAACAACCACCACCACCACCACCACUACAACACCAUCACCGCCGCCGGCGACAUCGACGAGGAACUACUACCAGUACUUCCAUCACAAGUCCACGAGUACCUAUCCCAAUGAUUACCAUACAGCUAAAAGCCCUCCUAGCCCUAGUGAUAAUGGUAACGGUAAUGGCAACCAAUACCACAACAACAACAACAACAACUACAACAACGGGAACAACAACAAUUACAAUCACUACAACCCGACGACCAAGUCGACACCGUACAGUACGAAAACGACGACCAAGACGCCGUACGUGUUCAGCAAGUACACGUUCAGCUCGACCAAAAGCCCAACGACCAUCGCCACGCCCCGACCGUCCUGGAACAAUGGCAACAACCGUGAGGAUGACAAUAGUAACGCACUGCACUACAACAGCCAACAGCACCAACAACAACACCACCACCAACAGCAGAACAGCUAUCCGCACGCGUACGGCGAUGGUGCGCAUGAUGCCACCACGGCGACCACCACCACCACCACACGCAAACCGAAAGCCACCUACCAUCCGGUGUUCGACGUGUACUUCAACCGGAUCGCACAAACGACCACACGCAACCCGUACAACUUUUCCUACUUUGCAAAGCGCACCAACACGAACGCACUGAACGGCAACUAUCUCGGCGCGAACAGCCAGCUGAGCGUGGCCAGCGUUGCCAGCGGUCGGCAGCCGGCCAGCAGUAGUAGUAGUAGUAGUGGUAGUAAUGGUAGCGGUAGCGCUAGUAGUAAUAGCCAGCCUUCUUCAGCACGGACGGGCCGUUACUACUGAGCUGUCGGUCGGUAAAAGCUUCCAGUAAAGCUCCAUUUUACUUCAUAUUUUGUGGUACUAGCGCACUGAAAGACGGUGUGCGGAGUGUGUUAGUGUGCUUUUAAUGUGCACGCUUUGGGUGUUCUGUUCUUCUCUCUGUUCACAACACACAGCAAUCUUCCCAUUCAGCUUUCCCGCCAUGCCAGUGUUUCCAGCAAGCGUUUACAUCCGUUUUAGGAAUGGACGCGCUUGUGUCCGGGGAGCUUGUGUGCGCGUGUUGUUAAGGCUGUUAAAAAGGGAUUGUACAUUUGCUUUGAUGUUUUUUUUCACUUGUUCUUGCACUUAUUUUUUAUAUUUUUUUCAGUUCUGCUUGUGUUUUGUGUACACUUUUUUAUACUUACUUUGAAAGUUUUAUGUUUUUAAGCUCUUACUUUUUCACUUUUGAUUUUUUUGUGAUUUGUUAUCACUUUUCUUAUUCUUAUGACGAUGAAAAGGAAAAGAACUCGAACUUAUUCGUUUGGAACAGAAAUCAAAACACACACAGGUUUGAAGAUGAUGAUGAUGAUGGGGAUGAUAAACACGAAUGUUGAUAAGUUGUAGUUGCUUAAGUUUGUAAACUCAAAAGUCUGCCAAGUUGCACGGUAAAAAAUUAGACUGUGGUCCAUUUAAGAUUCAUUUCACGCGUGUAAACAAACACACAAACAUACGAAAUCGAACUGGCUCAUUUAAUACAACAUUUAUCGUUAAUUAGUUUACCUGGUUUGCGAACUUACUGUGCAUCGGGAAGAGAAUUUGGUAGGGCUUUAACGCAUAAAGAUAACAGAUGGUAAGGAUAAGGACACGUAAAUGUAACUGAAAAAAACCCUGUUAAAGGUGAGAAAACAAGAUUACAGAAUAGUAAAGGGGAAGGAGGGAGGAAAACACUUCACCACGAGCAAGAUUUUCGCUGGAUUUCGAAAACAUACUGCUCCACUUUGCUUGGCCAAAGGCAGAAGAUUUAGAAGCAAGCAAAAACAUAAAAACCUUUGAUGCACAUUUUAAAUCUGUUAAGAAAUAGCUGGAAGCGGGAAAAGGAUACGAAGAAGCAAAGAAAAUAAAACAAACAUACACACAUACUAAGCACUCACAAACACACGUACAAUAUAAGAAGAGGCGAAAACGCUCACCCACUUGUGUGUGUGUGUGUGUGUGAGACUGCACGCAUCCGUGUUCGCACCUAUUUCGAUCGCUUUGGAUGAUGAGGACAAGCGUUACAAAAACUUUAUGAAUGCCAUCAAGCGGAAGCGAUUACAACAUCUGAAGGAACAGCUGCAGCUGCAGCAGCUGCAGCAACAGCCCGAGC